AUGACCUUCUAUCAGAAGAACCCCCUCCUUAUGCAGAUCCAGAGGAUCCAGAGAGUCCGGAUGGGCCGGAGACUGCAGCGGUGGCAAUACUGGCCAUUCUCUGCCUCAGAUCUAUACUAUUGGAAAUACCAUAACCCCCCAUUCUCCAAAGAUCCAAUAACACUGACUAACCUGAUUGAGUCUAUUUUAGUCACCCACCAGCCCACUUGGGAUGAUUGCCAGCAACUCUUGCAAGCCCUGCUGACCUCGAAGGAAAAGCAAAGAGUCUUUUUGGAGGCUCGGAAAAACGUCCCAGGAGACAAUGGUAGCCCAACCCUUUUGCCUAACGAAAUUGACGAGGCCUUCCCUCUGACGCGACCUGACUGGGAUUUUACCACGGCUGCAGGUAGGGGACACCUACGCCUCUAUCGCCAGUUGCUAAUCAUGGGUCUCCGAGGGGCAGCAUGUUGCCACACCAAUUUGGCCCAGGUUAAGCAAGUAAUACAGGGAAAUGAAGAGACGCCCUCAGCCUUCUUAGAAAGGCUCAAGGACGCUUAUAGGAUGUAUACCCCCUAUGACCCUGAAGAUCCAGGGCAAGCCACAAGUGUAUCCAUGUCUUUCAUUUGGAAGUCUAGUCCGGAUAUUAGAAGCAAAUUGCAGAGGCUUGAGGGUCUCCAGGGGUAUACUAUACAAGACUUACUAAAAGAGGCAGAGAAGAUUUUCAAUAAGAGAGAGACUCCAGAAGAAAAAGAGGAAAGAUUAUGGCAGAGAAUGAAAGAUCGGGAGGAUGAAAGAAACAAGAGGAAAAACAAGGAAUUAACUAGGGUGUUGGCCAUCAUGGUUCAGGGACAGAAUAGAGAGGGAGACAGGAAGGGAGAACAAUUUAGGGCCAAGGUGGACAGAGACCAAUGCACCUAUUGUAAAGAACGAGGACACUGGAUUAAGGAUUGCCCCAGGAGGAACAAAGGACCUAGGAAGCCCAGGGGGAUGGCUUUACAACAACCUCCACUUAUCAUUCAAUUCAAGACAACAGCUACUCCUGUUUCAGUCAAGAAGUACCCCAUGUCCCAUGAAGCAUAUCAAGGCAUAAGGCCCCACAUAAAAAGACUGCUGGAUCAGGGCAUUCUCACUCCCUGCCGUUCACCAUGGAAUACCCCCCUUUUACAAGUAAAGAAACCGGGGACUGGGGACUACCAGCCAGUGCAGGAUUUGAGGGAGGUCAACAAAAGGGUGGAGGACAUACACCCCACGGUCUCCAACCCCUACAACUUAUUGAGCACUCUGCCACCAUCCCAUGUUUGGUAUACCGUAUUAGACUUAAAGGAUGCCUUCUUCUGCCUGCGGCUGCAUCCGGAGAGCCAGUCCCUUUUUGCCUUUGAAUGGAAGGACCCAGAUAUUGGACUUUUGGGUCAAUUGACCUGGACACGGCUCCCCCAGGGGUUCAAGAAUAGCCCGACCCUCUUUGAUGAGGCCUUACACCGGGACCUGGCAGACUUUCGGGUUCAGUACCCUGCCCUGACAUUGCUCCAAUACUUAGAUGACCUCCUUCUGGUGGCCGCUUCGGAGAAAGAAUCCUGCACUCAGGUAAACGCAGGCAGAACCAAGCUUGGUCCAGGAGAUCAGGCACGGGGACAUCGUCCUGGAGUACAUUGGGAGAUCGACUUUAUGGAGGUUAAGCCAGGUCUCUAUGGGUACAGAUACCUGUUGGUGUUCAUAGACACUUUUUCAGGAUGGGUGGAAGCCUUUCCCACCAAACACGAAUCUUCAAAGGUGGUGACCAAAAAGCUCUUGGAAGAAAUCUUUCCCAGGUACGGAAUGCCUCAAGUCUUAGGCACCGAUAAUGGCCCCGCCUACGUCUCCCAGGUAAGUCAGUUGGUGGCCAAACUCUUAGGGGUCGAAUGGAAAUUACAUUGUGCGUAUAGACCCCAAAGUUCAGGGCAGGUAGAACGCAUGAAUAGAACAAUUAAGGAGACCUUAUCCAAAUUAACGCUUGCAACUGGCACUAGAGACUGGGUGCUCCUCUUACCACUGGCCCUGUACAGGGCCUGCAACACUCACCGGCCUCAUGGACUGACACCUUUUGAAAUCCUAUAUGGAGUUCCUCCCCCAUUUAUAAAUUUCUUUGAUUCAUACAUUGCCGAUUUUGCUGACAGUCCUUCUCUGGAAACCCAUUUACAGGCAUUACAGAUUGUGCAAAGAGAGGUUUGGAAGCCACUCGCCGCUGCUUACGGAGACCAUCUGAACCAGCCUGUGGUACUGCAUCCCUUCCAGAUAGGAGAUACUGUUUGGGUCCACAGACACCAGACCAAAAACUUGGAACCUCGGUGGAAAGGCACUUACACUGUCCUUCUGACCACACCAAUGGUACUGAAGGUUGACAUCGCAGCCUGGAUCCACGCCUCACACGUGAAGGCCGCCCACACAGCUGAGAAAGCAGAGCCCGCCGCG